AUGUCUAUCGUGUGGAGUCUGUCCAUCGUUCGCCCCAAUGGAUACUUUUCUCUGGAACUCCAUCGACAGCGCAUUAACUGUGUUCGAGAGGACACGCACACUUGUCCUAUACAGAAAUCAGUCCAUUUGCAUUUUAACACUCCCGUGGACACGCACUCUUCAAGUGUACACAUACCCCCCUUGCUACAGGGUACUUCUUCCUCAACAGAUGUGGCAAAGCUGGAACUCCAUACAAGUGGCCCAUCACAAUAUGUGCUGCUGCUGCUGUGGACAAAAACGGCGAUGAGAUUGGCGGAGGAUAAUCGCCGCGAGAUAGUCCCACGCCGCAGACAUACACCGAUUCAAAACAGGCCAAAUCAACCUUGUUUCUGGACCCUUGCCCGACGGGGUCAAGGUCGACGGGAUUACGGUGAGCCCCUCGUUAUGCUGGUUAUUACUGCCCCUCCGUGGAUCCCGGUAUCCGGGGUGGCGGGUCCGGACAUAGUGGACCCAAUCACCUACCGCCUGAGCCCCGAGCACAGCCUCAACACGGAACUGGCUUUAACGGGCGGCACGAGACAAUUCAAGUAA